UGCAGGUCCCUAGAACUGAAGGGAGGUGUGUCCUGGCAGGGACAUGUGUGGUAGUGCUGAUGUUGAACCCUGGAAUUAAUGUCCUUUGUGAGGUGGCCCUGAGAACUGGCACCAGGUUCUGUCGAGCUGGGGGAGGGGCAGGUAGCCCCCACAGCAGGGACUGGAGACGAUGGUUCUCGCCAUGCUUGGGGCUCUGUACCCCAGGGCUGGGCUCAGUCUCUUCCUUUUUUACCUCAUCCUGGCAGGCGCACUCCUUCGACCUCAGCCCCAGAGGUCUCAGCAAUCUGUUCCGGAGGAAUUUUCAGCCCCGCUGGAACUGUUGCAGCCUCUCUCAGGCCUGGUGGAUGACUAUGGGCUCAGACCCAGGCACCCAAGGCCAGGCGGGCCCCGACCCCUUCUCUCCCAGGCCCAGCAGCGCAAGCGGGACGGGCCCAACAUCGCUGACUAUUACUAUGAUGUGAACCUCUGAUGGGAACCCCGCAUAAAGCUAUUCUGGGCAGCAA